CGCUGUGUUGGUCGACCCCCCGGUGCGCUCCCUCCUGCCGCGCCCAUCAUGCGCGCCGCGCUGCUGCUGGCCCUCUGCCCGUGCGCGGGCGCCCUGUCCGCGGACCUCCUCGGCGACGGGCACCUCGCGGCCGACGCUGGGCGUGGCGCGGGCUGGCUGGCGGCGAGGGCGGGGCCUGGGAGGCCGCGGGGCAACUUCACGAUCGCCGACGACUGGCCCUUCCAUGACACUUCCUCCAAGGUCGACGCCUGGCUCUGGAUGAUGAACGAGAGGAAACUCAGCAGCAUGUACGAUCCGGUCUUUUGGACCCUCGGCGAAUCGCUGCAUGGCGUAGGAGCAAACGUGGCUCUAGUCUGGGAAAGCAACAGUCAGGACAUGCUUCGGAACGUCACCGCCGCCCUGGAGCGGGGACGGACACCACUGAUUGUGACGAUCGCGCACUACUACGCUAAUCCAGGUCCGCGCGGCGGUCAGAAGAUAUUGCAGCAAUGUGGCGACCGUGGUGCGUUCAUCGUUUUAUACCAGACAGAGCCGGUCGAAAAGGAAGCUCACUUGGGGGACAUGGUCGACCGCUUCAAGCCGAAGGAGAUCUGGGACUACUCGCACAGGAACCUGGACUGGUACCCAGAGUCCGCGAAGAGCUUGUACCGCUACAUGCCCCCUGGGUACGCCUGGGGCCUGGACUUCGGCGUCGAGGCGGUGACUCCUGCUCGCACGGCCCGCAUGGCCAAGACGGAGAGCAAGGUCGGCUUCCUGGGGGGCUGGCACUUCCGGGAGAACGCCACGACCGACCUGUACCAUGAGGUGUUGGAGGGGAGGAUUGUUAGCAGGGAGGACGUGUGGACGAAGGACGAUACGAUCGAGUUCCUCACGAACUACCCGAUCCAGCUGAACACGCACAAGCUGGAGAAUUGCUGCCCCAGCACCAACCCCGUGGAGGCGCUCCGCAUGGCGCAGCUCCUCUCGAACCGGGCCUGCGUCGUCUCGGCCCACUCAGACCCGCGGGACGAGGCGGAGUGGGAGGGCAUCGUCCACUUCGAGAAGGGGUCGCGCAUGGACCAGCUCGUCGGCGAGGUCAGCCAGGACGUCCGGGCCUGCCAGCUCGCGAGCUUCGAGGCGUUCCGGCGCCGCUUCGAGCCGGCCGCGAUCCUGCGGCGCUCCGGCUUCCUGGGCGUCUGGCAGCCGAAGCCCCGCGAGCCGGCGGAGGCCGCGUGGGAAGAAGGCUGGGAAGACUGAGGCGCCGCGAGGCCCCGCGCGCACCCGUGGGCGCGCCCCUGGCGGCGACCUUGCGAUCAGGGCCGCGCCGGUCACCCUCCGCUGGGCAUCCGCACAGGACCGCUCCGCUUCGUGACGAAAUCUGAG